AACGUGCUGAGGAGCCGGGGACACGGGCUUUGAUUGCAGGCCACCUCCACCCUCGCGGCCAGCGCCCCAGCGGACGGGAGGACCGGCGGGACCGCGCGAGCCGGAAAGCGCGUGGGCAGUGCGGGCCGCCCUCGGCGUCGCGACGUGGCCAUGGACGUGGGCGCCGACGAGUUCGAGCAGAGCCUCCCGAUGCUGCAGGAGCUCGUCCUGGGCGCCGACUUCGUGGGUCUGGAUAUAGAGUUCACUGGCCUUCGUUCUAACUUGGCUGGGCCCCAGCAGAUCAGUCUUUUUGAUUUGCCAUCGGAGUGGUAUCUAAAGACCCGUCAAAGUGUUCAGCAAUUUACAGUCUGUCAGAUUGGAUUGUCUGUGUUUUCCUGUAUUGAAGGAGAGUCAAACAAGUAUGUAGCCCAUUCAUGUAACUUCUUUCUCUUUCCUACAACAUUUGGAAUUUUGGAUUCAGAAUUCUCUUUCCAGGCUUCCAGUGUCCAGUUUUUGAAUCAGUAUGGCUUCAACUAUAACAAGUUUCUUAAAAAUGGAAUCCCAUAUAUGAAUGAAGAACAGGAGAAGAAAAUUAAACGCAAUAUCCUGACGGGGAAUUGGAGAGUUCGCAGCUUUCCAGAUAAAGACCAAAUCAAGGUGGUGAUUGAUGAAGUGACACAGUGGUUGGACCUGGCCGAAGAAGGCGACUGGAUGACUCUCCCGGGUAUUGCUGGGUUGCGGGCCUUUGAGGUCCAGUUGGUGCUAAGGCAGGCCCUCCCCAACAUCUGGACAGUGCUGCAAGAUGAAGGGUCAGAAAGCUACGAUCAAUUUAAGCAGAAUAUCCACAACCUAUUUCCUGUUCUCAUUGAUACCAAGAAUGUGACAAAGGAUAUCUGGAAGGAACUGAAUUUUCCAAGGGUUUCAAACCUUUCAGAAGUGUACAAAGUCCUGAACAGUGACUUAAAUCCCACCAAGAAUUCUGGACCAGUGAUUAUUCACGCAAGGAAAUGUGAAAAAUAUGUUGGGAUGGAGUACCCCCACGAAGCAGCGUAUGACGCCUUCCUCUGUGGAUCAGUUCUUUUGAAAGUGGCACACUUGCUCCUGCAGAGGUUGCACGGCAACAGCCCCAUCCCUGAGCCCUGCUUUUCCCAGUACCUCCAUGUGCUGGCUCCUUACGUGAACCAAGUGAAUCUCAUCCGAGCUGGGGUCCCUAAAAUCAAUUUUCCUGGUCCUGAUUAUCCCAGUAUCCGGCCCCCCAUCCUCAUCCUCAGUGUCAGGAAGUGGCUUGGGGUCAGUGAGCAGCAGGUCUACCACGAGUUUCACAAUCUCUGCAAGUUUGAUGUCAGGCGACUCACACGAAGCCAGUUCUUGCUGCUGACCAAUAAGUUUAAGGAUCUGCGGAAUGUCCUGAAGGAGUACAGGGGCCACCCGACCCUGCAGCUCUCCGUGUAUCGGUACUGGAGACAUUCCCCAAAUGUCAACUGCUUGUUGCAAGUCUGUGGCAUCGUCACCACCUGGGCUGUGCUUGCAUUUCUGCUCGGAAGACCCAGCCCCUGAGCGCAGUGGGCUGCCUGAGCCACCGUCCCACCUGAGCCACUGUCCCAUCUCCACGCCUUCCUGGGUAGCCCAGCCUGGGUUUUGUUUGUGUAAAUCAUAUUCUGUUUGCAGAUGGAUCUGGAUGGUCCUUACUAGAAAUUCUGUUAUGUUUGAAUGUGAAAUUCUGUGAACACUAUCAAUGAUAAAGAAAUCCUUGCAUGUAG